CGGAGCAACCCGUGGUGUAGGUGGGGACUGCUGACCCCCCUCCCUGGGGCCCUCUCAGACACUGUGAACACUUUUGCUGAAGUGACGGGAAAGAGAAAGUUGUUCCUCUGCAAAGGCGCUGACCCUUGGCCAGGGCUGCUCUGUAAUUCCCACAGUUCGGGGCUUUCCAGCGUUGGAUACACCCAGCGCGACGCCUGAGCAGAUCCCGUGUCUCCCACCCGAGGGAUGGCGGGCAGGAGCCAGGACCGGAGCCUGCGGGAGGAGCUGACAUGUGCCAUCUGCUGUGAGCUCUUCAGCGAGCCCGUCAUGCUGGACUGCAUGCACCACUUCUGCAAGGGCUGCAUCCAGGGCUACUGGGACAGCUGUGCCCGCGUCCCCUCCUGCCCCCAGUGCCGCCGGGAGUUCCCCAGCCGGGCGUUCCGCACGCAUUACCUGCUGGCAGGGCUGGUGGAGAAGGUGCGGCUCUGCGGCUCUGCCCAGCACCAGCAGAAGAUGCAGAAACACCUGGAAGAUGCUUUGCAAGCUCGUCAGAAGGAGAUGGAGAAGUUCUUGCAGAGGAAGCGUGUGGUGCAGGAGGAGAUCUGUGGCCUCACGAAGGUGUUUGGUGAGCUGAACUUCAAGAUCCGGGCCGAGUUUGCUCGCCUUCAUGAGAUCCUGGAGGAAGAGGAGAGAGCUGUGCUGGCAGAUCUGGGCAAGAAGGAGGAGCAGGCACUGGCACGGCUGCACGGGCACGUCGGGCGGCUGGAGGAGGGGAUGGCAGCCCUGCAGAGGGACAUCGAGCAUGUUGAGCAGACCCUGGGCAAGAUGGAAGAAGUGUCCUUGCUGGAGGUGGAGAGCCUGGAUAUCAGGCCCUCGGUGCGUGUGGAGACCCAGCCUGCCUUGGACCUGCAGUACUACAGGGACAGCCACAGCGGCCCCUUGCAGUACACCUUCUGGAGACGGAUGCUGCGCUCCAUCUCCCCCGCUCCUGCCCCACUCACCUUUGACCCUGAGUCAGCCCACCCCAACCUGAUCUUCUCCAGAGACCUGACAGCAGUGACAGAGAGGAAUCAAGCCCAGCCUGUCCCCAGCAGCCCCCGGCGCUUCCGUCAGUGCGUCAACGUCCUGGGCUCGCAGGCCUUCGACAGCGGCCGGCACUACUGGGAGGUCUGGGUGGGCAGCAAAACCAAGUGGGACCUGGGAGUGGCUGCUGAGACUGUAGACCGGGCAGCGAAGGUCAAGCUGUGCCCGGAGAACGGCUACUGGACGCUCCGCCUGCGGAACAGGACGGAAUACUGGGCCACCGCCACCCCCUGGGUGCGCCUGACCCCCCGCCACCCCCUGCGGAAAGUGGGGGUCUUCCUGGACUGCGAGGAGGGCACCGUCACCUUCUUCGACGCCAGGGACAUGUCCCACCUCUUCACCUUCCACCAGGUCUCUGCAGAGAGAUACUGCCCCUUCUUCAGCACCUGCUUCAGUGACGGCAGGGACAACAUGGAGCCCAUGCGCCUCUGCCACCUGGCCCUGUGAGGGAUGGGCCUGGCUCCUGCCUGGGGCCGUGCUGGGGGCCAGUUGUGCACACACAGACCUACCUGAUGGGUGUUGGAGGGGCUGUUUUGUUUUCAGUUUUGGGAGGAAGGAGAGGGAUGGAUCUCUUUGCAGUUCCCAUUUGCCCUCCUUUCCCUCGGGCAUGGGCUGUGGCUGCCACCAGGCAUUCCCAGAGGUUCCUGGCACCCCUUGGAAGAAGAACCUCCCAUGCCUGAGCAUGGCACGGUACAGUAAUGGCAGCCACGGGGCUGCAGCGGAGGUGGCCACGGGCUCCUGGCAUCUCCUCUCCCUUUGUGCUCCCACCCGUUUGGAGGAGGGUCCUGGUCCCGGAGCACCAUCAGGUGCCUCUUGACACUCAAUUCCACAUCCCGGCCUUAGGCUUCCUCUGCUGGAGGAGCUUCCCGGGCAAGGGCUCCGGGCCGGCAGCAGAGGGAGCUCCGUGCCCAGCGUGGGACCUGCUGCAGCCCGGGGACUGCUGCGCUGCCUCCCCUCGACUCUGUCACUAAUAAAGCUCGUU